AUGACGGAAACAUUUACGGAAGGCAUUACGGUGGCGGCGGUACUGGGGGGCAGGCUGGAAUGCGCCGGAUUGGACACGUUUAGCGCGCGCGCACGCUCCGACACGGUGCCGCCUUCAGAACACCCGGCCAUGGCGACCGAGACCGGCGGCGCCGCGGCCGGCGGCGAGCAGCAAUACUCACUGCGGUGGAACGACUUCCACUCGUCCAUGGUGUCCUCCUUCAGGCGCUUGCGCGAUGAGGAGGACUUUGUCGACGUCACGCUCGCGUGCGCCGGAGCCACAUUCACAGCGCACAAGGUGGUGUUAUCUGCAUGCAGUCCUUAUUUCCGAAGACUAUUAAAGGCGAAUCCCUGCCAACAUCCCAUUGUGAUCCUGCGUGAUGUCCACGACAAAGACAUGGAGAGUCUUCUUCGGUUUAUGUACCAAGGCGAGGUGCACAUCGGUCAAGAGCAGUUGAAAGAGUUCCUGAGAGCAGCCCAGCUACUACAAGUGCGUGGACUGACGGACGUUCCUGCACCAGCACCGAUGACCACUUUAGAUCAGAAAGCAUCACCAUCAGCAUCAUCAUGGACGGAAACUGGCAGUGGAGCGUCUCGUGAAGGGAGAGAAGGAGGACAGCAACGUGAAGGCAGGAGACCACGGAAACCAGAUGACGGACCCAACAACACACCACCACCGAAACGGGCCAGGUCCUCGGACCUGACGGAACAGCUACUGUCGGUGCAGGGAGCAAGCCCUGAGCGACUGGGCACUAACGGACACGAGCUGGCUAUGUUUGGACAACCUAUGGACACUUCGCAAAACCCUCAUCUAUCCGGAAUUUCCAACAACCUGUCUGGCGACGGUGAAGAAUCGUCAUCAGACGCAGGCGCCAGCGACACGGAGGGAGAGACGCGCGCCAAACAGGAACCCAUCGACUACGACGACCCAGCUACCAUGGCCAACACCAACGGAACCCUGCCGCACAACUUCCCCGGACUACUUAAUCUACCAGGUUUCCCCGGCUUACCAGGACCAUCAGGAAUACCCGACAAUUACGGAGCGACCUGGCCGGGCGGCGGAGACCGAGCCGCGCCCGACGAGCGCUCCGAGCGGCCGUCGUACGCCGCGCUGGCCAACGGUGAGCCCGCCAGGCCCGCGUGCCCCGAGUGCGGCAAGCUGUACAGCAACAAUAGCAACCUCAAGCAGCACAUCCUCAACGUGCACGCGGCGCACGAGCUCGCGCACUCGUGCCCCGUCUGCGGCAAGGCCUUCAAGACGCGCCAGUACAUGCAGAUACACAUGAACUCGAUACACGGCGGGCGGCUCUCGCGGGCGGGGCGGCGAUGGGCUACCGGCCGCAGUGUCCCCUGUGCGGCCGCGUGUACUCCUCAACCUCCAAUCUGCGCCAGCAUAUGCUCAAUGUGCACUCGCAGACCGACCGCGACCAGUGGUUCCCUUGCCAGCACUGCGGCAAGAAGUGCAAAACCAAGCACUACCUCAUCAACCACCAACUGCAAGCUCACGGCAUCCGCCAGCGACAGAACUCUUAGAGACGGCGCGAAGCCGAGCGACCAUCGGCCGUCGCACAGCCACCGCUCGGCUCGCUCAACACGCUCGGCUCGCUCGGCGCGUGGUGGUGAUCGCCGCUCGGCCCGCAGCCAGCACCGCGAUAUUUAUUGUAAUAGGAAUAGAUGUGCCAAGGACCUACGUGAAGCGAAAUCGGAACGGGAUUGUUUAUCAUGCCGCGGCGCGACGCGCGUUGGCAAACCCGGAGGUUGCCGAAGGACUCAGGACUUGCUGCGCGUGAGAGCGACGGACCCGCGACCCUGCCCCAAGUGCGGCAAGAUCUAUCGAUCUGCGCACACUCUGAGGACACAUCUCGAGGACAAACAUACAGUCUGCCCUGGAUAUCGUUGCGUGCUCUGUGGUACGGUGGCCAAGUCUAGAAACUCGCUACACUCGCACAUGUCGCGGCAACACCGCGGUAUCUCCACCAAGGACCUGCCCGUGCUGCAGAUGCCCACUAGAUUCGAUCCUGAACUUGCUAGCCAGUUACUGGCAAAAGCUGGUGUGAAAGUGUCACCAGAACAGCUUCGAGCUCGCGCUUCACCAACUGGUCCUCGACGCUCAGACAUCAAGCUGGAUGCGAAAUCAGCUGCAUCCGAGAGCAGUUCUAUAUGUGGAGACAAUGAUAACGACGACCUCAGCCAAUCUCGAUACCAGGACAGCAUACCCGUCUCACCGCCACACAUAAACAAUCUGGCAAAUACGACCAUUACGAAAGUUCCGGCAGUGCGCGCGGUGACUGCUAAAACAGUAGAGAACCUUCCGCAUGGACUGGCUGGCUUGAAGCAUGAUGACUUUCCUCCGGCGUACGGGGGCAACUCAGCCUUGCUGGACACCUACCUACAGUACAUCGGAGAGAACAUGUUUGCAGGAAUGAACGCAAAACUAGCACAUUUGAACGCACUGCAUACCGACCGGAAAUCUUACGAAGAACCGUCACCGCAAAUGGGAUCCCUCCCACCCCCACCGACGAAUCUCGCUCACCAGCGCUAUCUCAAACAGAUGCAGCGGCAGUACACCGAGAAUAUGAGCAAACCCGAUAUUAUGCGAGACUCGGACGAACCUCUGGACCUCGGGAAGGAACGGCAACGGAACGAUAGCAUAAGCGAGACGGACACUGAUAAACAUGAUCUAACGGACAAGGAUAACGGCAAGGAUUACUAUAAAGAUUAUAAUGAGGACGACCGGAGAGGGAACUCGGAGGAUCCCGAGAACAACGGUCAGGACGACGGAGACUACUCAGAUGAAGAACACAACAAAAACUCAUGAAAUGAAGGCUAGUUAACUAUAAGUGUGUUGAAUUAGUCACGUAGACUACGUGUAACACAGAUAGGACAAUGUUUUGUUGAAAUUAUCAAAAGGUGCUUGAGUGUUAUGUUUUGUGGUCAUUAGCUUGAUUCGUUUUUUGUAGUAACGGUUUUUAUUGUUGACCCGUGGAAUGUCAUUGGUGCCAUUUCCGAUAUUAAUGUAAAUUUAAAGUUUUAGGAUUAAAUCGGUUGCAGCUAGGUUGAGUCUGGUUACUUUGCAUAGAAGUCACGAAUCUGUACUGCUGGUGUUAUGAAUGAAUAUUUGAUAGAAGUAGCACGUUGCGCAACCAUGCGCUAACAUGCGCUGUAAUGCGCUACCGUGCGCUUUAUAUAACCUGUUAGUGAGACAUUAUUUUUAUACCCGAUGUGAUAACACAGCCAUAAAUAUUCACUUAGCAUUUACCUGACACAUUAGUUCAGAUCAACUCGCCACAUGAUGUGAGAUUGUUUUAGUAGUUAAUGACUAGUGAGUAGUGUUUUUGUAUUGUGUAUGUAAAGGACCCGGUCACGUAGUAGGGCCUCUUACAUAGUAAUUCCAUCCAUCUACCUCAGCAUUUGGGCCAAUACGGCAAACGUUAUAAAGUAAAAAAAAAAUAUCCACACAAAUUGUGAAAUUCCAUCCAUCUACCUCACUUCAAUAGAUUUUAUUUAAUAUUUUAUACAAUUUAUAGAUAUAAAUAACUGUUGUUUUAUGCAUUUUGCAGAUUGCAUUUAUAUAUAUACUAUAUAGAGUAUAUCGUAGGUAAAUAUAUGCAAGUCAUUAGGUCAUUGUUAGUGCUGCCCGUAGGUACUUGUACUUAAUACCGUUAUUUUAUAGAAUACGCACUCACUAGAGGAACUUUAGACUGUGUCACGACCGUAGCGAGUAAUGGACAUAAACCUCUGAUAUCAAUGAGCACACUAACUUUAUACGAUGAGAAUUGUAUACGAACAAAUAUAACAGAGCUUAAAUCAUACUAUAAUUAAAGUAAAUAUACAUAUAUGUGCGUAUACUGAAUCGCGGACGGCCAAGUUAUAACGCGGUAAGAACACGAUGUAUAACGAUUUACACAAUUAAGAUUUCACAUUGGAACAGCGUGGCCAACUACUGCUGGCCAGUGUAACAAGUGUUGCACACUUGUGCGGCCGACGACGUCUACCUUGAGACUGAGUACCAUCCACGGGAUGAUCUGUUAUCGCGUUAUCACACUGCGUGCGAUUCGUCAAAAUGUUCAAAUUUGACACUUAACAAUAUAAUAUAAUGAUAAGAGGAUAAAUAAUGCAUGUAUAUAAAUUGAGGUGAUAUGUAAAGUACAUAUACUUAAAUAAAUAGUAACAAAAAGCAAUAAAUAAAGUAUACCUUGACGUUGCCUUCGAAUUUGUGUAAAUACGUGGGUAGUGAACGGUUUGCGUUGGUAUUGUGGAAAUAAGAGAACCUUAUCGUGUACAAGUGAAGGUUUGUUUUGUAGUAAUGAUGUGGGCUCGUUACUUAUUAUAACAAUUACUGUGAUUACAAUCUCAUGUUAGCCUUCAAUACUUAUACAUAUUUUUUAGAGUACAAUGUUAUAGUUAUUUAGUAUAUUAUAAGGUAUCGUAAGCGAAGUCACAAAAUUAUAUUUACUUCCCGCCCCUGACGUUAGGAUUCACGUUAUUUAAGUACUUAGAUCAAUAGGUAAAAGCAUUUAACCUUUUAUAUGAGAGAUAUUACAUUUAUGGAAUGAUGAGAUAUCUCAGUUUGCCACCGGGGCUUGCAAAGCUGUCUCGAGCGUGCGGCCGUGGGCACCGCAAGUAGAUACAUAGCUAUAUGACUAGAAUAAGUUGUACGGGUUGAUUGAAACAUAUUUUUGUUUAGUGUGUUAGUGAGAAUUGAUCAUUAAGUCAGUUUGGUUUGCGCAAAUAUAACCUUGUUGACAUUUAACAGUGUUGCCAUAGUGAGUAAUAAAUUUCGACUGUAUAUAAAUUAAGUUUUGUUUGUUUAGGAAAUGAGUGCUUAAUAUUUGAUUAUUAUGAAUAGAUGCAAGUAUCGUUUUAUUUAGAUUACUCUGUCUACAUUCUACUCAAUUAUAGUUCUUUUAGAUGAAUAGAGUUGAUGCACGUAUUUAACAUUUAACAAUAGUCAGUUACCAGAUUGUGAUUAAGGAAAGUAUAUAUUUUUUCAACACACGCCACUUAAAAUACAGAUUAUAAAUAAAGGGGGGCUUACGUCGUUACUUUAAAAUGUCACAGAUUGGUAUGACAGACUAGAUGUUAAGUCCAAUGUCUGGUGCUCGCCGCAGUGGCGACGUAAGCCCCCCUCCGCACUGUACAGUUGUUGAUAAUGCAGAAUAUUAUAUACCAGUGAGGGAUAAUGAAUAUAUAGGACUAUAAGUCAACGAUAUGCUCUCGAUAUAUAAUACUUACGUUUAGUUACCUUGUGAACUGCAAGUUCGACAUUAGUUUUUCUUUCUUUAUGUUUGGUUAUACUAAUAUACCUCAGUAGCAUGAGCUAUCAUGUAAAACUUUUUAUUAGUUAAACGCACAGUUUAAUGUUGAUUUAUGUAUCUGUUCGGGUAUUGCGCAAUUUACGAUAACCGUAGGAAAUAAUAAAGCCAGAUUACAGAGUACAAAAUAAUGAAUUGAUGUAGUACAGAAAUAUAAAUAUUCUUGCAAAACGUUGUUUCUAUGUUAAUAGAUGUGUAUGUUGUCGUGAAUUGUCGCGAGCGGCUCGAACGGUGUUAGCUGUCGAGUAGGGAGCACAAGAUAUUAAGUUUGUUGGCCACGUGACCACGUGACCACGUCACCGCAGGACGUGACAGUACCAAGUAGUUCAUCUUUAUAUCCCUUCUAUAUUAUAAAGUCGAUGGAAUCAAUAAAUACAUACAAAUAUUAA